AUGUCGUUGCCAUUGAGGCCCUUGUCUCUAGAUGUGAACACAAAGCAGCUAGAUUCUAAACAGAAGAAGUUCCACCAGGCUGUGGAAAGGGCAUUGCAACAUUUCGAUGCUGUCACGGAAUGGGCUGACUAUAUCAGCAGCUUAGGAAAGCUUCUCAAGGCUUUACAAAGUUGGUCUCCUAAAUUCCAGAAUGUUAAAUACUACGUUCCAUAUCCUUAUCAGGUUGCUAGAAGAUUGUCUUCAUCAUUAUCUCCAAACUUACCUUCAGGAGUUCAUUUGAAAACAUUAGAGGUUUAUAAUUACAUUUUUGAGAAGAUUGGGCCCGACACUUUGGGGAAGGAAGUGAAUAUUUGGAUAGGUGGCGUUCUACCCUUGAUGUCUUAUGCGUCCAUAUCGGUUAAACAUCCAUUGAUUGAACUGUAUGAGAAAUACAUUGUAAGUCUAUCUUCUGUUACGUUGAAAAUUAUAGUGAAACCUGUGUUGGCAAGUUUGUUCCCAGGGAUCGACGACGAAAGUAGUGAGUCGCAAGCAAGUACCAUAAAUUUGAUAGAGACUCUUUACACUAAUCUAGAUGAUCCCUCUUUAUUUUGGCAAACUUCUUUCAUUAUUAUAAUCAAUAAUAAAGAUAGAAGAUUGGGCGGUCUAGUGUGGUUGACGAAAAAGUUACCAUCGUUAAAUGCAGUUCCUCAUUUAGCUGCAAAGGAAAAGGACACAGCUUUAACUAAAAAGGAUUCGAAGGAGAGGAAAGAAUUUGCUUUGUCGUUGUUACUCGAUGCCUCCAAACCAGUAGUUUCACCCGAGCCAGGUUUGCUAAUAAGAUCUUUUGUUAGAUGUCUUGAAGAUGAGAACGAAAUCCUAAUCCAAAGAGGUAUUUUGGACUUACUUUUGCAAAGGUUGCAUUUGCAUUCACCAUUGUUGCAAGUGUUAGUUAAACCUUCCGACUGUCGGCUCUUAAUCAUGACGGCAUGCAGAACAAUGUUGAAAAAAGACAUGUCUCUCAAUAGAAGAAUAUGGAACUGGCUGCUUGGACCAGUACUAGAUCCAGAAUCUGGAGAUCAUAGCGAUUCCGAGUAUUUUAUCAAGAACGGUGCUCAACAUUUGUUAGGCGGAUUGCAUGAGAUGCUCGAACACCCUCAGACGUGCAUCGAUGCUUACAAAAUCGUGUCUGCGUUGAUGGAUCGCUGGCAAAUUGGAUCUUAUUUAACACCGAAAAUAUUCAUCCCACUUAUCGAGAAAUGCAGAGAGUACUCGGACAAUCAAUUAGUAUUGAAAACAGCGUCUUCUUUCUUUGAUUCUGUCGAAACUAAUAUCAUUUGGGGGAAGCUUUUCGAAAAAGUGUUUUGCGAUAAUGACUAUGACCUUCUAAUAUAUGUGCUACAAAAUUUCCGCUGUUCCACUGAUGAAGAAAUAACAGUACGUCACUUGCCGCUAAUUCUACUAUCGUUACUAUGUCAGAGUUCGAUUGAAAUUCCAAAGUGUACUCAAAUAUUAGAAAUUCUUGUACGAAUGAUACCUGAAAGAGCCUACUUGCCCAUUCAUCACUCUUCUUUAUCCCAGGGAAGCACGCUAUCCUAUGAGAAAUGCUUUACUGAUAUCAAAUCUUACUAUGAACAGGUGUCAGAUCCUCUUAAUUCCAAAGAUCUAAAUUCGUCAUCUGAUUUAAGUCCUCCUUUCAAUACGGCAGAUCUAACUUUUUUAAUCACUUAUAGAGUGCAUUUACUGUUGAUCGAAAAUAUUCGAAGAUAUCAAAACAUAAAUGAUAUUUCGAAAUUGUUUGUAUUAUUCAUUGAAAUAAUCCCCGAGCAGUAUGAUGUAUCAGAAGAAGCUGAAGUGGUGAAGUGGUCAGAUACUGAUUUGAUAGAGUGUAUCUUUGAACAAAAUGAUGCAAUCGAAAGUGCUCCUGAACAGUCACUACAAGGAAUUGUUGAGAUUUACACUAAAUAUUUGUUCCGUAAUUUACCGAUAUUGGAUUCGAUGCGACUAUUAAAGAUAAUUAUGAAAGGGCUGUGGUCAUUACUCUUAGAUCAUAAUAAACAAAUUGACGCAGUCGAAAUGCUCAAAGUCAUAACAAGACAUGUUCCAUCGUCAAGAAUUGAAAGCUGCUUAGCUUCUGUUUAUUUGGGGGAUUGCGACAUUAACAAUCGUCUAGUUGUUCUAGACUGCCUCUGGACUCAUCUAGCAGGUAACUUUGAUAUUAUAAAAAGACCUUUGUCCCUAGCUUUGGACGAACUUUCUGAUGAAAAGAAUUCUAACUACUGGUAUGUGCAUGAAUGGGUGGUAUCUAUCAUUUCUGGUGAAUCCGGAAACAAGUUCUUUGAACUUUUGGUUGAAAACCCCCUUCAAUUUGAGUUUAUAAAUAACGAAAAGAUUGGCAAUAUGGACGAUUUGGCGCUAUUUACUUAUCAUCUUGAUGUUUUGAGAAAUGUUUUAAAAACCCCAGACACUGUGGUCUAUAAAGCUUUCGGAAUUCAAUUAGUAACUGAAAAAUUAUCCAAGGACUGGGCGGCCGAAGACGUAUCGUCAUAUAAAAGCUUGGUUAUUGCUGUGCUGCUAAAAUUUCUAAGUAUCCAAAAUGACGCACCUGGCAAUAGCAUAAAAAGUGCAUUAUCUCUUUUAAGUUUGCUUGUCAACGGUACUGAAAUAAAUUUCAAGAACAUUGUGACGAGAUUGCUCCAAAUUUCUACGGAAUACAUUGCCAGUAAAGUUCCUGAUUCUCAAGUUGUUGUCGUAUCUUUGCUACAAAUAAUCUCACAGGUGCUAUCUUUAUCGGAUAAAAGACAAAUUAAGCUUGACAUCUUUACCGAGGACUCUUCGCAUAUGAAAUAUGUUGAUUUUCUUGUAUCUACAGUAAGUCAUAUUGAUGAUGACUUAGUCUUUUCAUCCUAUGUCAAUUUACUUUCCGAGAGCAUUGCUUACUUCCAAGAGUCAAUCCUCAAGAUCAUUUUGCCUUUGUCUGCAUCCAUAGUUGACUCCAUAUCUAGACUUUUUGAAGACGAGCAGAAAAGGGGUAAAAACUUGAGGUCUAUAACUGCUCUUCUAGGAUCUUUAGAAGAAAUUCUAGAAGUGUCGCAUGGCUAUUUGCAAGCUGAUGAAAGCACCGGUUAUUUCUCUCACACCAAUGCAAGAAAUGAUUUUUUGCAGAACAUGGUAUCCAAUGUGUUUUCAUCGGAUCAAUCCUCUUCUGAAGCACGAAUUUUAAAUGAGAGAAUGGUCGUUCUUAAAUCUUUUACAAUGGUAAGCGGCAGAAUAUCAGAAAUGUGGAAUUGGGCUGACCAAACAGCAUCUGGAGACUUGAGGACGGUCAAUAACUCAGAGUUUGGCCAGUCAUUACACGAAGUUUCGACAAACUACAAAGUUAUCUCAAAUAAGCUACUUGAAAAGCUUUUCCUAUUAGAACCAUCAGAUAUUUUGGAAUCCUUAAUUUCGAACCCAAUUCCUUCUCAGCUCGUUAGACUAAAUCACUCUUUGGAUAACGGACGGUGCUCAGUGACAAUUUCCCGUUUGCUACAAGGUAUAGUAACGAGAUGUAAUGAGACUAGCUCUGUGUCUUUAUUCAGCAGUCAUAGAAGCAAAAAGAACCUUAACUCUGCAGAGACAAAUCACCUUGGCGCGGGGGAUUUAUUAUCAUAUUUGCUCAAAUAUUUUGACUCGUUGGAUAAUUCGGCAGUUGAAGACUUUUAUUCAGAUUUUAUGGUUUUCUUAAAGGAAGUUUUGAGUAACUAUACUAGCUAUAGUUCAAUAUCGUUUCCGUUAUUGCAAUUAAUUGCCUUAAUCAGCGAAAAACUUGACUACUCUAGUUUGGGUCAAGAACGCCGAGUCAGAAAGGAAAUAACUGAAUCAUUUAUUAAGUUACUAAACAAUAGUCUCAGCUCGGAUAUUAUGGAUAGCAACAAUAAAGAAGACAUUAUAGCAGCUUUGUAUUUUGUUGUUGAGAGGCUUUCAUAUGUUGUCAAUGAAGUUAAUCAAGGUGAUAAGUUCAACAGCACUUUGACCUCCAUUGUUAUCUAUUCCAUAGUGCCUUACAGCAAAAGGAUAGCAGAAAUCUCCCCCGAUGUAUUGCACUUCAUGAAUUUGAUAGCACCAAUCGGAGAGAGAGUUAAACCUUGGAAAUUAUUCCUUAACGAAUUUUUCACGGAUUCUAAAACGUUACGGGCGCUGUUAGAGACAGAUGACAAAUCUUGGAGUUUCAUAUUUUACCACUGGUCUCUAUACUACGAUAGCAAGGAGAAACUUCUUCCAGAUCUAAUAUUGUCCGUAACGGCGAAGUCGAAUGUUAUUACACCUUCAAUCAAUCCGUUUAACACAUGGAGUGAUUCAGAAGUUCAAUCCAAAUUUAACAAUAUUCUACGCAUUGCGUAUUUGGUUCUCAUUUCUCCGAAAGAUCAUUAUUAUAUUCACUGUCAAUCACUUUUGAACAUUGUUGAACAUUUCAUCUUUGGAGUAGAGAAUGCAUUACAAGCCGCUGGAUAUAUAUUAUUACGGGCUUUACUAUUGAAAUUUACAAACACACAUUUCGCUGAUCAUUGGUCGAUGUUAUUCUCAGGUUUACAAUCAUCUUUACUCACAAUAUAUGAAGCUAUACAAGUUCAACAAUCCAUUGACAGUAAUGUUGUCCUUCAAGUAUCGAAGACUCUUGAUCUUCUUCUAACCGUUAACGUAGAAGAAUUUUCUGCCACUCAUGAGUGGUUAUUCGUCAUUGACACUAUUAAUAGUAUUUACAAGAAGGAUCCUUAUGUCGCGCUAGUAGACGAGAUAAGCCAAUGUAAAGAUUUGGUAAUGGUCACGACGUCGGGUGUUACACUGAAUGAAGAUACUACAUUCCGUGUUCCCUUGCUAGUCAACAUACAUUCCAUUGACAGCGUUGUAAACCUCAUUCCUUUCUUCUUCAAUCUCAGUUACGAUCACUAUGAAGCGAUGUACAACUUAAACCCCUUGAACGAACAGGUAUGUAUUGAUGAUUUAUCGCAUGACAUUUGUCAUCAAUUCAUUAAGUGA